CACGCAGCUCUCCAAACGCACCGCAGUCUCUUCGCUCUCUGAGAAUCCACGGAAAGAUAAAAGCCACUGGCGAGUCAAAGAGGAUUAUAGUUUCUGGGCUGCUGCAUCAAUAGGAGAUCCUUCAGGUGAGCCAUGACAUCAUUCCUGUUACUGUGUUUGUGUCUUCGGGUAAUCUCAGCAAACUGGAUCAAUUCAGAUUACAUAUAUACAGAACCAGAAAGAACUCUGAGUGUUAGGAUUCCCAUUGCUCAACCUCCCCAGCCCUUAAUGGGAGAUACAGUGGUUCUGCCCUGCUAUUUCCAGGAUGACACAGUGCCUGACCCGGGUGCUCCCACCAUAGCACCUUUAUCCUAUCGCAUCAAAUGGAGUAUCGUUACUCAAGAGAAGACCACAAACAUUUUAGUGGCCCAAAAGGGUAUUGUGGCGGUGAAUAAGAAGUACACAGACAGGGUUCAAAUGGUAGAAUACCCCACCAACACCACUGAUGCCACCAUUAAAAUCACACAGCUUCUUUCAAAUGAGUCUGGAGUGUAUCGCUGUGAAGUCAUGAAUGGAAUCGAAGACAGCCAUGCUUCUGUAAAUGUACAGGUGCAAGGCAUUGUGUUCCAUUACCGUGCCAUUACUUCACGUUACACCCUUACAUUUGAGAAGGCACAGGCAGCCUGUAUUCAGAAUAAUGCUGUGAUCGCCACACCAGUGCAGCUACAGGCAGCGUAUGAUACAGGGUACCACCAGUGUGAUGCAGGCUGGCUUUCUGACCAGACUGUUAGGUAUCCUAUCCAUGAACCCCGAGAGGCCUGCUAUGGUGACAAGUAUGAAUUGCCAGGAGUAAGAACGUAUGGAGUAAGAGAAGUAAACGAGACCUAUGAUGUGUAUUGCUUUGCCGAGAAGAUGUCAGGGAGGGUGUUCUAUUCAACACGCCCUGAAAAGUUCACCUUUGCUGAAGCUCAGGCCCAGUGUGCUAAACUGGAUGCUAAAAUGGCCACAACUGGCCAGCUCUACCUGGCCUGGAAGGAUGGUAUGGAUGAAUGCAAUGCAGGCUGGCUGGCAGAUGGGAGUGUCCGCUAUCCCAUCAACAUUGCUCGACCCCAGUGUGGAGGAGGUCUGCUGGGAGUGCGCACUGUGUACCGUUUCAUUAAUCAAACAGGCUACCCUCCACCAGAAUCAAGAUAUGAUGCUUUCUGUUACACAGAUAAGGAAGAAGCGGGCUCAGGCAUACCCAGCACCUUUCCAGAUAUACAGACUACAGAAGCUACAGGUGAGGUAGUAAGUGUGGAUAUGGUAACAGGUGGCCCACCAGUGCUUAUUACACAGACCUUCACUGGGAGUGAGCAGCGACUAGGAGAGAUUGAAACCCACAAACCCCCCAGCACCACAGCUGACAUCCUGUAUGUGGAGCAGGGUGUCACACAGCCAUCUCUAUCUUCACCACCCAGUAUCACUGACGAAUUUGUAAGCAUGGUGACUGCACAGCCUGACCUUGGAUUAGAGAUUCCUGAUGAAAAUACAACUGCUCAUGAGAUAUCCCUUACUGGUGUCGUCUUCCACUACAGACUAGGUCAUAGUCGCUAUGCUUUUACCUUUGUGGAGGCUCAGCUAGCCUGUCAGAACACUGGUGCAGUGAUUGCUAGUCCUCAGCAGUUACAGGCUGCCUAUGAAGCUGGUUAUCACCAAUGUGAUGCAGGCUGGCUGAUUGACCAGACAGUGAGGUAUCCUAUCUUAUCUACGCGAGAGAAAUGUGCUGGUAAUUUGGCAGAUUUGCCUGGUGUGAGGUCUUAUGGUGUACGACCUGCCAAUGAGCACUAUGAUGUAUACUGCUACAUGGACAAACCAAGAGGGAAUGUUUUUCAUGUGAGUUCAUUUGAGGGUUUCACAUAUGAUGAAGCAGUGGCUUAUUGCCAGGCCCAGAAUGCCUCCUUGGCCUCCACAGCUGAUCUGUAUGUGGCCUGGAAGCAAGGCUUUGAUAAGUGUCGUGCUGGCUGGCUCAUCGACCACAGUGUCCGCUAUCCUAUUAAUAAUCCCAGGCCUCAGUGUGGAGGAGGGAAAGCUGGAGUCCAUACAGUUUUUAAGUUUCCCAACCAGACUGACUAUCCUGAUGUGCACUCCAGAUUUGAUGCCUACUGCUUGAAAGCUGAUCUCCAAUUAAAUCUUUAUGAGACUGAAUCGAAUAUGACACUUAUUGAAGAGGAACUAGUGAACCUGACCUCAAGAAUUGACCUUUUUAUACCUGUGAACCCCACCAUUACUCCUCCCAUUCCCAUGGACCUCCCUGGUUCUGGUUCAGCAGACCUGUCAUCUGGGGUCAGUGGUUUUUCUGGUGAUAUAUCAGCUAGUGGAAGUGGGGAGAAGUCUAGGGGGUCAUCAUUUAAAGAAGAAGAACUUUCUGGAUCUGGACUGCCAAGUGGGUCAUCAGGUUUAGGAGGAGAACUUUCAGGAUCUGGACUGCCAAGUGGGUCAUCAGGUUUAGGAGGAGGACUUUCAGGAUCUGAACUGCCAAGUGGGUCUUCAGGUUUAGGAGGAGAAAUUUCAGGAUCAGGACUGCCAAGUUGGUCUUCAGGUUUAGGGGGAGAACUUUCAGAAUUUGGACUGCCAACUGGGUCUUCAGGUUUAGGAGGAGAAAUUUUAGGAUCUAGACUAUCAAGUAGGUAUUCAGGUUUAGGAAGAGAACUCUCAGGAUCUGAACUGUCAAGUGAGUCAUCAGGUAUAGGAGGUGACUUUUCAGGAUCUGGGCUAAAUGAAGACAUAUCUGGUUCAGGCCUUAGUGGUGAUGACUCAGGCAUAAGUGUGACCUUCUCAAGAAUUGACACAAUAUUCUCUGGGGGUGCAUCAGCUUCAGGAACACCUCAGGAAGCUGGGGAGGGCAGUGCAGAGAUCCUCACUUUCAUAUCAGGUCUGGGUUCUGGCUUCUUCAGUGGAGAUGGGUCUGGAUCAGGAAGUAGCUCAAGUUUUCCUUCAGCAGAGAGUGGGUUGACAUCAGACUUAUUCAGCAUCUUGGGAGAAAGUGGAAGUGGAGAAUCUUCUGGCAUUUCUUCAGGUCUUGGUUCUAGCGAGGAGUUCUCUGGAUUCAGUGGUUUUCCAUCAGGCUUGAUUUCCUCUGGAGAUGACAGUGGUUUCUCUGGACUUAGUGGCAAUGGAAUAACCAUGGUGAAAGGCCAGUGGGUGGAAGUGUCCACUGCUCCAACCCUUACAGCUCAGGAGCUGGGUGGAAGUCAGAUGCAUUUCAGUGAACCUGGAGAUCUACAAGGGUCUGGUUUGAGUGGCUCUGGUGAUAGUGGAAGUUGUGAUUUAAGUGGCUCUGGAAGUGGUUCAGGAUUUCCUCCCAUCACCUUUUUGGACUCAGGCCUUACUGAUCUCAUAAACUUAUCCAGCAGUGAAAAAGAGGCCUCUGGAAUUUUGAUGUAUGGAUCAGGGGAAGGGAGUGGCGACUUCUCUGGAGUUUCAGGUCUUCCGUCAGGAGACACAUCAGGGGCAUCAGACAGUGGGGAUUUUAUAUCAUUUACUGAUGAGAGCUUGGUGGAAAUUUCUUUUAGACCCAUUCAAAACCAUGAGCUCCAAAAAGGACCAAUAGAGCUCAGUGGGAGUGAGAGUGGACCAUUCCUGAGCAGUGGGCACCACCAUACUACUAUUUCAAGUGAAGACCACCAUCCCACAUCCCUCCCUAGUGAAGACCCAGUUCAUUCAACUGAUGAGUCAAUAGUUCUAGUUCCCUCAGGGCUGUUAAGUAACAGUGCACAGCUACAAGAUAUCUUAUCAAAUGCUGCUCAAACCUUCUGGAAAUAUGACUCUGUGACUCCAACAUCUAUGGCUGGCACCACUACCAGCCCUGUUUUUUCAAUGCCGACCCCAACUGUCACAGACAUCCCAGCCAUGGAGAAAACUGCAGUGGACCCAUGUAACCCAAACCCCUGUGGUGCUGCUGUGUGUUCUGUGCAGGACGGGGUUAGUAUGUGUCACUGCCCACCUGGGGUGAAGGAGGAAGAGUGCCAUUUUGAGGUUGAUGUGUGCCAUUCAAACCCUUGUGCCAAUGGAGCUACGUGUGUGGAGGUACAGGAUGCUUUCAAAUGCUUAUGCCUGCCCAGCUAUGGAGGAGAUCGCUGUGAGAUCGACACAGAAACAUGUAAGGAGGGCUGGACUAAGUUUCAGGGUAACUGUUACCUGCACUUCUCGGAGAGAACAGUGUGGGAAGAGGCUGAACAAAAUUGUCGAAACCUUGGAGCUCACCUGGUCAGCAUUACCAACCCAGAAGAGCAAGCAUUCGUUAACUCCUAUGUAGCGGACUACCAGUGGACUGGACUAAAUGAUAAGACUUUUGAGAACGACUUCCAGUGGACAGAUGGAACCCCAUUGCAAUAUGAGAACUGGAGGCCUAACCAGCCAGAUAGCUAUUUCGACUCUGCCGAGGAUUGCGUGGUGAUGAUCUGGCAUGAAAACGGGCAAUGGAAUGAUGUGCCUUGCAACUAUCAUCUACCAUUCACAUGCAAAACUGGCCCAGUCACAUGUGGCCAACCUCCUGAGCUGAAGAAUGCCAGGUGGUUUGGGACUAAAAAGGAACGCUAUCAGGUCAACUCAGUAAUCAGAUAUCAGUGCAAUGAUGGCUUCAGACAACGCCAUCAACCUGUGGUCCGCUGCAUGGCAGAUGGACACUGGCAGAAGCCACGGGUGGAAUGCAUACCCCAGAUCAAAAGAAGACAACAGAAGAGAUCCAUUAGGCGUCAAUCUGGGAAGAGGACAUCAUUGAGGAAGCACCCCUAAUAACUUAAGAAGAAAUAGUUAAGAGAUUUUUUUUAAUCAUUUAAAUCUUCUUUUUCAUGGCCUUGAGUUGAGAAUGCAUUAUGUAUUAAAAAGUGUUAUUUUUAAGAUAAGUGCCAACCUGUAUAUAGUGUCACUCCCAACAUGUUGUAGUGCUUUGAUAAGAAUGAAAAAAAAGUAGUCUAUUUUGUGAUUCUUUUCACCACCUCAUCCAGGAAGCCACGUUAUUUAUGAAAGUAAUAUUUAUUCCCAUAGUUAGUGUAAUUGGAUUGCUGAACUUGCACCUACUGAAUCAGGUUAUCAGUAUCAGCUGAAUUUUACAAAACCUUCCAGAGGAGGAUCUUUCAUCCAGACAGUCUGGAAUUUUCUGCCAAAAGGAAAUAGCUAAGAAUUGUGCAAUCCUUCUUCUGAGAGGGACAAUGAAAGAAGGUUCGGGGAUUUUUUUUUUUUUUUGCUGCUUUGGACACAAUUGUGUUCAGUUUGCAAGUUACAAAUUUUUUUUAUCGCACUUACUGAACGUAUGCAAGUACAUAAAAGAUUAAAUUAUGUAAAGUAUUAUUUUCCUCUGUAGUCUAUCAGAAUGGAUAGUGAGUCUAAAAAAUGUAUAGCCAUAA